GUGGGUUUUUUCACACCUAGGUCUUUUGCUCACACAUGAAGUGAGACCACCAUAGCUGCUUUUUGCUAGGUUUACUGAUUUCCUGUGGUAACACACUGUGUGCUUCCACCUUGCAAGCGUAUGAGUAACUUAUUCCACUUCAUGUGUGGAGAGGUUGUUUAUGAACAUGUGGUGUUUGUUUAAACCCAUUUAGAUUUGUGUCAACUCUUAUAAACUUUAUGUCAGUGUGCUUCUGUAGUCCCAACCUACAGUACAGAAAAUUCGAACCCAUUAAAAACAGUGCUGCUCUUUUUUGAGCCAAUUUUGUCAUCUGUGAGUGUUGAUUUCCUGUUAACUGCUACUACAUUUUUCAUCUUUAAAAGCAGUUCAGUAACCUAUUUUAUUUCAGGUUGUGUUGAUUAUUAUAGUAACGUAUGUGUCUAACCCUGGAUACUUCAAGACUGGACAAUAUGAAUACAUAUACACGUCCAUGAUCAAUGCAGAAGAGACAGGGGGUUCAUGCUAUCGGAUAGCUCCAGGUACACUGGCAGGCGUGGUUCUUGGUGACAUCACACUUACAAUACUGAUUGUCGCUGCUACAUAUUACUGUGCUAGUAAGCGUAGAAUCAAGAAGGAAAAAGCUGAUAAAGUCUACAUGAAUGUCAGAGCGAACUGCAAACAAUAAGGAAUUUAAGAGGAUGAAGAUCUGACAGUAACAAAGUUAUACUUUCCCAUUUGAUAAAAAAAAGGUUUGCAUGGUCCUCCUCUCAAUUUUCAGACCAGAAGAUAUUUAUUUGUGUUAUAUUAAGCUGUUUAAAAAAAUUGUCCAGCACAGUUGCUUCAUCCAACAGCUAAUAACUAGAUGCAUUUGUAUUAAUGUAAAUUUACUGUAUUGUUUAAUACCCAAUGCUUUGAGGAAUUCUUCUUUGAGAUAGAAAUUCUAUAUUAGACAAAUGGUAUUUCUCAGCUUAAUUUUAUUGGUGAACAAAUACAGUGGUAUCAGUUGAUCCGAAAUGUUUAUUUCACAUCAAAAUAUAAUGUUAAACAAUGAAAAAAUGAGAUUUGUUUCUCUGAGGAAAUUAUUAGCGUGUACGCUUAUUAGGCAACUAUAGGUGUGCACAAUUAUUAGGCAACUAAAUUUCAAAUAAUUUUUUCACUUACUUGUUUAUUCUUCAAACUUAAAGUAUAAUCAAUUUAACAAGUAAGUAACAAAAAUUAAUAUAUAACAAUUAGUAAAAAAAACAGUUUUGGCCCUUCAAUACUAUUCAAUGUUGAAUAUAGCCACCAUUCUUUUCAAUAACUGCCAUGAGCCUUCCAUCUAUUGCAUCUGUCAGUUUCUUGAUCUGCUAAUGAUCAAUUUUAUCUGAGGCAGCCACCACAGCCUCCCAAAUGCUGUUCAAAGAGGUGAGUUGUCUUCCCUCACUUUAAAUCUAAACACUUGAGAGUGGCCCAGAAGUUCUCAAUAGGAUUUAAGUCAGGUGAGGAAAGGGGCCAGGUCAUCAUUCUGUCAACUUUGUUGCCUUUGCUGGCUAGCCAAGUAGUAUUGUACCUUGAUGUAUGCAAUGGAGCAUUGUCCUACAUAAAGAACAUGGCCUUCUUGAAUGUUGCUGACUUCUUCCUUUACCACUGCUUGAAGAAAUGUCUUCUAGAAACUGACAGUAGGUUUGGGAGUUGAUUUUCACUCCAUGUUCAACCAAAAAAGGUCCAACUAGCUCAUCAUUACCAGCCCACAGCAGUACCCCUCCUCCAUCUUGCUGAUGCCCUGCUCGAACUUCUACUCUGUGCCCAAUAAUUGGUGAGAGACAAACACCUCUCACGGAUCUCUUUACUGUGGCAUUAAAAAGGAAGGCCUCUGUUAUUGUGGGAGACUCUUCUCAUCCCCUGUAUAGUUCUUUCCAGUUACUUCCCUCUGGUAGACGGUAUAAAGUGCCUUUAGUAAAAAGGGCCAAGUAUAAGAAGACCUUUAUCCCAACUGCGAUUGGUAUUUUAAAUAGGAUCUUAAAAUGAAUUUUUUAUGUAUUAUUAUAGUUGUGAAGUGAUGUGUGUAAUGUAAAGUGUUGUUGUGAUGAUUAUUUGUAUUGUUUGUGUGUUGAGCCUUUUGUUUAAAGACAAUUUUCUACCCUAUUUGGGAUAGACAAUAAAGCUUUUGAAUUUGAAUUUGAAUUUAGUGAUCUACCCAUGGGCCCACCCCUCUGGUCCAUCUAGAGUCAAUCUCAAUUCAUCUGUCCAUAAAACUUUUGAGAAAUCUGUCUUCAGGUAUUUCUUGGCCCAGUCAUGACACUUCAGCAUGUAAGUCUUAUUUAGUGGCGCUCAUGUUUCAGCCUACCUUACCUUAGCCAUGUCUCUGAGCACUUGACAUUUUGUACUUCUGGACACUCCUGGAAGGUUGCAGUUCUGAAAUAUGGUGGCACAGGAGGUUAACGGGUUCCUGGUAACCUCAUGUUUUAUUCUUCUUAAGUCUUUUGCAGAUAACUUGCGCCUUUUCUUCUCCACGCGUUUUUUUGUGACCAUGCUGAGUAUUCAUAACGAAGCAUAUGAUUGUCCUGUGGUCAUGCCUCAAUAAUUUUGCAAUCUGCAGUGUGCUUGUCGUAGCAAGUAAUGAAGAUCAAAGAUCACUCUGGAGAGCAGGGGUGUUGAGGCCAAUAGACUUUAUUCUUUCAAGAAUCAAGCCGAGCAGUUCUCUGCAGAGAAAGCUACUCAAUUCUUCAGAAGGACAUUCUUACAGUAUAUACAUUUACAUGAAAAAAAAAACUUCCACACCCUGUUUUUCACAAGACUCAACAUUCCCAUAUAUGCUUAUCUUAUUGUUUAAGGAAGCCUUACUCACUUAAAUUUACAGUUUGUUCCUGCUCUCCCCACUUAGCAGGAUACCAAUGCCUAUGUAAGGUCAUAUAGAUCACUUUCAGGCCUCCGUGUCACCUUGUGCACUAUACCAGUUCCAUACAUCUAUAACAUUGAUUAAAUAUUAUCAAAUAUGAGUAUACAUUUUGUGGUUAACAUUUUAUGGUUACAAUAUUCCUAUAUGCUGCAUCCCUCUUAUAGGCAUUUUACAAUUUUUGACUUUUCAGUCUCAGUUAAAUCUCUUUUUUGGCCUAUUUUCCUGGGGUAGUGAAGCUACCUAAUAAUUAUGCACAUCUUAUAGAGGGUGUUAAUCACUUUAAGCCACACCAUCCCCCAUUAAACAAUUAAACAUCACCUGUAAAUAAUUAUACCCACUUGGCAUUCAGGUUUAUUUGGUUAAGAGUUGGAUAAUAUGCAUAGAGAUAAUGAUCAGAUCAUAAUAAUGACUUGCCUAAUAAUUGUGCAUGCAGUAUAAAUGACUUAAAACUAGUUAGAUUUUUUCUGUCUGUACAUUUAUGUAAAUAAUUUUAAAUUUAUGAAUAAAUUUAUUUUUGUCUCCUUUUC